AUGAAUCAGCCAACAAAAGGAGUGGCGCGCACGGCCGAGACGAAGCGCAAGACGCGUUCGAAGGCCACCACAAGCGCGAAAGGCUCGAAAAUCACCUCACCUAUUCCAACAACAACCAGCUCUACGCGGCUAGAGACCCCCGCUGAUGAAGCUCCAGUCAUAUCACUCCAGAAAGGACCAGACAGCGGACGCUCGGCAGGCAACGCUCCGACUCAGUCAAUAACGACGCGUCCGGUUCGAUCUACUGCUGACCCGCACAUCCUCGUCACGAAGGGGAUAAAUCGUCGCUUCCAGGAAGACAUUUCUGAUGCUGCUCAGGCAAAGAGAAGUGAUAAGGCGGAGCAGGAGCGAAGGAAGGAGUUGGCUGCAGCGGAAAAGGCGGAGAAGUUGAAGACGCAGAACGAGAAGUUGAGAGGUUUGAUGGCGAAGAAGCAACAACAGGUGCUUCAGGAGGCAGCUGGCGAGUCGGACGAGGGCGAGAGUGAUGAGCAGAACGAGGGCAUGGAGGUCGAUGAGAACGAGGAGAGGCCACAGACCGCAAGAAAAGGCAAGGCAGUCCCCGCGAAAGCGCCCAAGCAGUCCGAAAAAGAGAAGAAGGAGCAGCGUGUGAAAGCUGCUCGUGGUGCUGCUCAGCUCGAUGCCACGACCGAUGACCCUCCUGUUAUUUCUCUGCAGCAGAAGCGUUCUGCAGAUAACGUAGCGAUCGAGCGUGAAGCACCACAGAGCAAAAAAGCGAAGGCCACCGUCGAAGCAUUUGACCCCGAGUGGGCUGCUGCCAACAUUUCCAAGCCGCUUCAGAAGAAAACAAAGAGCAAGAAGAAGGUCAUAGGAGAAGGGUUGCAGGAUGAUGACGUUCGAACGGAGCGUGAGGAUGUGGAUUUGGUCCAACGUGGGGCGCAGCUUGUGAAGGUUGUUUUACCCGAGGCUACGGACACGACGGAGAGCUUGAAGAAGGACCAGAAGAAGUCUCGCCGAUCGCCGACAGAGCCUGCAGAGGGCAAGUCUCGUGCAUUCGAUGCUCUUGCCAGCUUCGAACAAGCCAUCUACAAAGUAUCAUACCUACCCUCGGUCCUUGAAUUUGCUGGCAGCGUGAAAAAGCCUGGUCCUUAUGACCUUGAUCACGGCCCGAAACGCCUACUUCUUACUCGCAUGCGCCAUGUUUUCAAGGAGCUGGUCUCGGAGGACGAGUAUUACGAUAUAAAACCCGGGGACCUCUUGUGCACAGAGGCAACUGACUGUGAUGCUGUCGAGCAUCAGACUCGUCAAUCGGCCAUUGAGUGGCGUCUUCGAUUCGGCCCCCUGGGUGUCUUCGUCGUUACUCAGGCAAUAAGGAACAAAUUUGCCCCCGACACUGACGUGACUGACAAAGGUGCGGAGAAAGCUAUCACGACUUUACUCAAGGCCAAGCAACCAGCGAUCAGACGGUUUGUUGCUGCCGCUACCGGUGAAGGUGGGGAGGCAUUUUGGGCCACACCUGGGAAAGUGGGGGAACGUGCCGGUGCUCUGUUCUCGAGAUACAUUCUCGAGACCGUUGCCUGUGCACACCUUCAGUUUGUUCAAGGCUCGAUCGGCGGGUGUGGACCACCGUACGGGGCAAUUGCCCUUGCAUUGGCAGCGGUCGAACGUGGUUUUGGCGCCUGGAAAACAGGCGAGUUCAAAUCACCAACACCGUGGGGCUCUGAUAAACAGUGGAAGAAGAAUGUUGAGGAUUGGCGCGACAAGUCCGUUAUGGUUCAGUUUGGUGGUUCGGACCCUUCAUUUGUUCAGAGAUUCGUCGUGGCGGCUCUGAAGUAUCUGCCCGCCAAGGACGAGUCUCGUCUAUCGCCAAAACAGGUGGAAAGCAAUGCACGUGCUAUAUUUGACGAUCCUGCCCCCGACCCAUCGAGCACAGCUACAGAGCCAGAUGGAGUCUCAGAUCAAGAUGACGAAGUGGGUGAAGGCGAGGACGAGGUUGAAGGCGAGGACGAUAUUGAAGGCGAGGCUGCAGGUGUAGAGAAGGGUGAAGGUGAAGGCGAUGACGAGGUCGAGGGCGAUGGCGAGGGCGAGUUCGAAGGCGAGGAAGACAUUACGGGCGAGCACUCAGUCAAGGCCGGGGUUGCAGACGAUUCAGGCGAUGAUGACAAGACGAGUAGUCGAGCACUUGAGCCUGAGGAGGCACCGUCUUCGCCGGUCGGAAUGAUAGUCGACGACGACGGCUGGAGGCCGGAGACCUGUUGUGUCAAGGUCACAACAGUCAGCAUGAUCAACAAUGCGGAGCCAGAUCCCAAGCUAGCCCCAAAAGAUCCUGACCUGACGUCGAAGCUCAUCGCUUCGACCUGGACCGACGAUGAUGCGCAAGUACACGGCCUUCGAGUAGGAUACGAGGCUUUGCGAGUGGGGCUCGGGCCAUACAGUAUAUUCUCAGCUGAGCUGAGGCUCCCUACAGCCAACAACCACGCCAAUGCCGUAGUACUACAGCCAAACAUUGGCCCGUACGACGGCUGGGACAUCUCUAAUGUCGUCACCGGAGAAGCCUUGUAUCUCGUCAGUGCAAAUCACUACGCUGAGAGGUUCAACAGGCUCCUGGCGAAUCGGAAAAUCGAGGCAGCCCUUGUGGAUGCUUGCAUUCUCGAGGAGCCCAAAGACCGCCAUCCGCGACGCAUGUGGCUUCACAUUUCCGAAGAGAUCAACUGGAAUAAUGUCGAACGUUACCGCAUCGCCAGGCCCACACCAAAACCAUCGACCAUCGCGCUGAAGAUCACCGCCACGCUCGACGCGUUCACGCACUAUCUACAUGUUCACCGUGGUAAGAGGGAUGUAUGUGAUGAAUUCUAUUAUGUUCCUCAGGUUUUGGCCACAGGCGAGGUUAAGGCCGUCGUAGCCUAUAUUCGCAAGCACUCUCACACUGAAGAGGGUAGGUACUGGUACAGUGACGGGGGUUACAAAAAGAUGACGAAAGCUUGGGGGUAUCACAGAUGUAACGCGAUCUGUGAGGGGUUGAAGUUAUUCUCGCCGAGUGACUGUACUACCGACGCGGAGGACAGAUCCUUCGCAAAUGAUGCGGUCAAUCCUACCUCACUCGGUGAGGGUAUGCCUGAGAACACGUCGCUAACCUCCCAAACGAAAUCCAUUGUCAAUAUGUAUUUGGGAAAGUACCAAACAGUCAAAUGGGUCACUCCACGCAAGAUAUACACUCUGGCCGUGCAUCAGGACAGCACCCCGCGCCAGAGACGACUCAAACGCACAGGUCUUCAAGUCGUUGCCGAGUUCGCCAUGGAUAUGAGGGUUACGGUGACAACAAAUCUGGAGAUAGACAUUGAUAUCACGAGUGGGGCUCGAGGCACGACCUCCAACAUUAUUCUGGAUGAGGGCAAACAACAAUAUCAUGAUCCGACCACAUGGCGGCCGCGGGCACGGAGCUCGAACAUAGCAAUUUGA